AUGUUAUGUUUGUUUAUUUGUAGUGUGGUCCACUGCAAUGAAAAGAUUAGUGUCUCAAGAAAUGUUCCUCCAGAUUUACAUAUUCAUACGAAGCAGUUGCUCGAAAUGUGCUUUGCGGAUGAUUUGAAGCCAGUGGCUGUUACUAUCGAUCUGAUUGAUGUCGUGUAUGAAAUCUUAAGAAACGAAACUGCUGAACCAUCGAUAAUUGUUAUAGAUAAUCACUUUUUAUCGAAAGCCAUCAAGGAAUACUAUCCACGGCAUCCAUCUUUUCUUCUAUCUGGUGAAUCGUUCAAUGCACUGGUGAAAAUUUUUCGUGAGAUAAAAUCAGCGAAAAUUUGGAACCCAAAGUCGCUGUUCGUCAUUGUUGGAACACACUUUCAGGAUUCGAUAGCCGUGUUAAAGUUAUUAUGGAGGAUAGAAGCUAUUUCAUCAUUUUUCGUUUGUCAAUAUGAGAUCAACAACAAAACGCUGAUCCUUACCUUUAACCCUUUUUCACAUUACGCUCCAGAGCCUUGGCAACAGGUGGAAAUUGAUGAUGAUUCAAAAGAUAGAUGGACGAUCUUCGAUCAAUUUUUCGUGAAUAAUGCAGAGAUUUGUGAGAGCAUCAAGUUCGACAAGUCAGUACGGUUGGACAGAUUUCCAAUAAAAAGUCAACACUUUAAUUUUCUAAGAAAUUAUGUUUUAAUCGGUAAGCUCCCAAAUUUUAAACAUUGGCCAUCAGUUUAUAAAGAUUUGUUUGAAACUUUGCAUUCCGUAACAGACAGUACACCAGAAUCGUAUAUAAGUGAUGAUAUAUAUGAUCGAUCAAUAGAACCUGGUAAAAAUGAUUUGAGUGCACGCUCUAUCCCGUUGAAAUUUAUCCCCGUAGAGUAUACUGAUGUUAUGGCUUUUUACGAUCAAGAAGGUUACGUGAUUUUAACGCGAAAACUAAUUACCGUUCCGGUAAUUGAUGAAAUCGUAGAUGAUUAUUUUAAUAUUUGGACAGCUACUAUGUCGGGUUUCAUUUUGACGAUGAUUCUAGUUGUUAUUUAUGUAAAUAACCAUCAUCAUCUCUGCGAGACGCUCUCAGAUAUGUUGUCGUUGAUGUUAGACAUGGAUUUAAUGGUCCCGAUCAACCUACUAUCAAUGCAACUAUCCUUUUUUUUUGCAACUGUGUUUAUGUUGAUUUUUAAUCCCGCGUUGCAGGGUCAUUUGUCAUCUGCUCUCGCGGAGCCGGCACAUCAACAAGUCGAUACCCUAGAACAGUUGCGCGAAAACGAAUUUCAUGUACACUAUGAUUAUAUAAUUGAUGAAGAAAUAAUAAUGACAAGACUAUGGUCGAAUACUUCGGAUAAGAAAUAUUUACACCUAUGUGUAAUAUAG